AUGGAGAAGGAGAUGGAGCAGAAGUUGGCCAAAGAGAACUCGCCUAUGAAGAGAGAUGGCCGAAUCUUGACAAGGUGUCCCAACCUUAAGAUUCUGAGGAGCCUCAGGGCCGCCGAAGCCAUCGAGCAGGUGCAUGGAGGGAAGGUCGUCGCUCGCGACGACGAGAAUGGCGUGGUGAGAGUGAAGAUUGUGGUGACCAAGCAACAGCUGAGGCAGAUGGUUGCGUCGAGGGGCCGAGGACGGAGCAAUGCCGGCCAUCGUCCCUUGGCAGCACCGGCGCCGGACGUGGAGCAGUUGAUGCAUGUACUUAGGAGACGGCACAUGAAGAGAGCUGAGGCCGAGAGGGGUUGUAGGAGUGGGUGGAGGCCUAAACUUCAGAGCAUCCCUGAGGAGAAUUAA